AUGAAUUAUUGUAAAAUCGACCUGGACGCUCAUUUUAAGCUGGCGAAGACCGAAGUCUUGCUCCUUUCUCUUGACCGAACAUGUGACGUGUUGCCAAAAGGCGUUCCCAGUAUCUGCUUAGUCCUCGGUGAGAUCAGUGUGUACGCCCAUCCCUUUGUCAACGAAGAUCAUUUAGGAGUCCGAGCGAAAGCAGAUAUUCAAUGCUCUCGCUUGAAAGUUUUCUACUUUUCGAGCAACGAUUUGGUCAAAAGUCCAUUCUUAUCACUCGAUUUUGUGCGGGUCUUCAUUUUUCCCGUUGAAACAAUGAUGCAGAGCGAGGUAUCUGCUGACGUUGAAAUGGAGGCGGAGUGGGUGGAGGUAAAGUGGGCUCCAGAAGUCUUGCACGCCAUCGGGGGAGCGUUAGAAUUAGGGAUAUUCACAAUGGCCUCAAGAGUGCCACCUAUGCGUCAGAUGAUCGACGUUACACAAGACAGAAUAUCUCCUGGGGAAGUGAUUGCUUUCCGGUGUGUUGCGAAGCGACUCUGUGCUAUCUUCCCAUAUGUAUACCGUGGACAACGUCGGGUUGACUGCGUCACAGUCGACACUUUCACAGUGAGCUCCGAAGCAACUACAGGAAGGCUAAGGAUUUCUAUUAUGGAUGCGAGAGCGUUUCCAGGUCAACGCUCGUCUGAUGAUAUUCAGCCAAAACAGCAGCCUUCUCCACCUUCCGACUUUGACGCCACUUACUUUGUCGCUGACUGCUUCUCGCUCGAAGAGAACCAGAUUGCUGGGAGCUUAAAAACGGUAGUCGAUCUCUUCGUGAAUGGCGUCCAAUUGGAAUGGGAUAUCUCGACACAACUGCGAAUCAUGGAGCUAGUUCGACGAAUCACGUAUUCAUCCUGGGAGAUGAUUUAUCGUGCUCGAAGUGCCUAUGCAGUUUAUUGUACCCCAUCUGACAGCAUUUACAAUCGGGUUCAUGGAUUAAACCCGCCACUUAACGAUAUUGCCGAGUGCUUGCGCUACGAAAGGCUAUUUGCUGAUCUCAUUAGUGCAUCUGGUGACAAGUUGCAUAGGCUACAUGCCACAAACCUCUCGGUCAACGCAAAUCUUUGUGAUGAAGUCGGCGUACAACUUACAGUUGGCGUAUUCGCCGGUGACGAUUUGCCCGAAGUGUGGCUGUUUGAGGAUAUUUCGAUCAAGGUGAACGCAUUCGAGAUGGCUGCAGUGGGUUGUGUUCGUGUCAGACACACGAUAGCGAGUCAAAAAGACUACGUGUUUGGGGAAUUCGAGGACAUGCUGCGCAAACGACUUCUCGCUUGCAAACGCUCGACCACGGGUCUUGACGAGACCUUAGACGAUGGCAUAUUAGUUGAGAUUAACAAGCUUCACCUUCGCACAAGCCGUGAUUUCCCACUCCAAGCACACACCAACGCUAUUCAGAGCCAUUUCGACCCUUUCAAGGAACAGCUUGGCUCAGCAGCGUCUUCGUAUUGGAGACCACAACAAGAAGUGUUCUACCAGUUCUUUUUGCGAACUUCGGUAGCUUCUCACCAGCCAGAGCUAUGGCUACGUUUGGAAGACAUUGGGUUUGAGUGUCUGGGUAACCCAUUAGACAGCUGGCUGGAGCGAAUGUAUCCUGUGUGGAUCGGUGAGUUAGCUGAGCAAGAAUUGCGAUCGCAUAUACUGGAUGAGCACUGA